AUGUCUGGAUACGAAUUCCCUCCACAGGCAGUGUCCUGGCUGCAGCGGGACGUUCUAUUGUUUGCGAACAGCAUCGGUGCCACCGCUGAUGAACUCCAAUUUCUCUACGAACUUGAUCCCCGGUUCACGGUGUUCCCUACGUACCCUCUGAUAUUGCCAUUCAAGCUCACGGACCAGGAGGUCAUUGAGUUCUAUGGUCGCAAUGCAAGAAAUAACAUCCCUGGAGCCCCGGACAUAGACCUUCGCUAUGCGGUUGACGGACAGCGACAACUUACGAUCCACAAGCCUCUUCCCACAUCAAGUACUGGCAGUAAAUUUGAGCUGAGGAACAAAGUAAUCGGCAUAUACGACAAGGGCAACUCUGGGAGCUCCUUCGAGACAGAACAGCAGAUCGUCGACGCCGGGACAGGAGAGGUGUAUGCGACAACGCGAACCAUGAAUUUCGUCCCGGGGCAGGGAAAUUGGGGAGGUCCAAGAGGCCCCAAAUCGCCUAGCUACUCUCCUCCCGAUCGCACACCUGAUGCAACCCACGUGGUUCAAACAACGGACAACACAGUUUUUCUCUACCGACUCAACGGGGACUACAACCCGCUUCAUGCCGUUCCGGAAGUAGCAGUGAAGAGUGGAUUCGGAGGUGUCAUCAUUCACGGCCUUUAUACAUACAGCUCCACAUGCCAUGGACUCUUGCGUAAAAUGUGCAAUGGAGAUGCGAACCGACUCAAAGUCUAUCAGGCAAGAUUCGUGUCCCCAGUUCGGCCAGGUGAUAGGUUGAUCACAGACAUGUGGUCCAUGGGGAUGGUGGAUGGAUUGGAGGAGUACCGUACAUACAUGUGUAGCACUUCCACCGAGUUCACAGCCAUGUUGCUGACCCAAAUUGCUGAAGAAGCGGUUCGAUCCUAUGAAGAUAUUAUUCCUUCUUCGUACAUAAAUGCGACUGCCUUGACCAUGAAGGAGCCUAUUGGCGUAUGUGGCAUUAUUACACCUUGGAAUUCUCCCGCCGCUAUGAUCACCCGCAAGAUUGCCCCUGCAUUUGCGAAGUUAAGCUUUACUGGUUCGACGAAUGUCGGAAACUUGCUCACAAAGCUCGCCGCCGGAACAAUGAAACGAGUGAGCAUAGAGCUCGGUGGUAAUGCGCCGUUUAUUGUUUUCGAGGAUGCCAAUCUUGACAAAGCUGUCGAGGGAGCCUUGAUCUGUAAGUUCCGCUCCUCGGGUCAAACGUGUGUCUGUGCGAACCGCCUGUUUGUCCACAAAGAUGUUCUAGAGGAAUUUACUCAAAGAAUGAUCAAGCGAGUGCAGGCGUUCCAGUUAGGGCGUGGAGUUGACCCCGGGCCUACAAUUAUCACUGGAGCCAAUAGCGACAUGCUCCUCGCCACAGAUGAAACUUUUGGACCACUGGCUGCCAUAUUUUCUUUUUCAGAUGAGGAAGAAGUUAUUGCAUUAGCGAACGACACUGAAUUUGGCCUGGCUGGGUACUUAUUUAGCGAGAAUAUCAACCGCGUCCUGCGCGUUGCAAAGCGACUGGAAUGCGGGAUGGUCGGAGCCAAUACUGGGCUGAUCAGUGCAGCAGAAUCUCCAUUUAGAGGCGUUAAAGAGAGUGGUGUUGGGCGAGAGGGGAGUAAAUACGGGCUCAGCGAGUACCAGACCGUCAGAGCAGUAACGAUUGGGGGGUUAAUGAAGGGUCACUCUGUGUUGUUGAGCGAUGUGGCGGACGUAGCCGAGUUUGAAUGCAAAGAAUCGUCGGAGAUUUUUAAGGUUCCACCUGCUUGUCCUCGAGACUACGAAAUUGACGUCAGUGUGAUUGGCGGGGUACUCACUCAAUUUCCUGUGUGUUCUUAUUUAUGGUGUUCGGCUCUAUUCCGCGGCUACGCGGAAGAACAUGAGUCGCGACGCAAGAAUUAUGUUAGUGCCUCGGCCCCUCAGCUGGGGUCAGCAGUGACCCCACACUUUCCCCAGGUAAUCUCGCGAUCUACUUACCAUUGUGCCGGUUCAACGUCUUUCAUUGUGGCGAAGAAUUUUUCACAACUGUUGUUGAUGGCUGGAGAAACUCCCCAGAACCGGUCAAGAAUGGAACCGAGACCACGAGUAAUGAAACAUGUCUCGCGUGCGUGCUAUGGGUGUCGAAAGCGAAAAACCAAGUGUGACGGUGCGAAACCACAAUGCGCCAACUGUGCGCUCUACAAACAGGACUGCAUAUUCUCCCAAGAGAUUGACCGGCGGAAAGUGGCAUCGAAAGAAAAUCUAUCAACAAUGCUAGCCUAUGUGAAGGAUCUGGAAUCGUUGCUGUCACGUCAUAAAAUUGACCUCCCUGAUAGCCGACCCAACCACCUCUUGUCUUCGGUCUCCCCAUCCACUUCUCCCACCGGUCUUUCACAAGGAACUUUUGAUGCGCUAGGCCAGAACACGAGCGCUUUUCCAGGGCCUUCAGUUGGGGAGCAAAUGGCCACCGCAUCAACUGAAAGUUCCCCGGAUGCUCAAGAUCUCCUCUCAAUCUCAGGUGAAUCCUCGUACGAAACGAGCCUGAUAUCAGAUCGGAUGGGGUCAUUACAGAUUGCAGAAGAUGGCCAGCUGCGAUUUUUCGGACCAACAUCAAACCUUCAUAUUUCGCAUGUUGGACCGUUUCCACUGUUUAACUCGAACAUUCGGUCUGUUUACCGGAACGAGGCUCUCAUUCUCAAAGCCGCUGGUGUCGAUCAUCAUGUAGAUGAAGAGCUCGAGGAUCAUCUUACGAGACUUUACUUCACCUGGGAGAAUCCGAAUAUUCCAAUAGUGGAUGAAGCUACAUACUAUCGAGAGAAAACCCGCUAUAGAAAACUCAAUCAAUUUAGCCACCGAUACUCCGAAGUUCUGACCAACGCAAUCUGUGCUGUCGGUGCGGCUCUGACGCCUCGCUACUGCCCUAAGCUCCCAGAUUCCCUCGUUGACUUCUUUGCGACAAGGUCCAAAGCCCUCCUGGAAGUUGAGAUGGAUUCGCCGACUUUGAGUACCGUACAGUCCCUUGGAAUCCUCAGUGGUGUAGAGGCUCUCCUCACAAGGGACGCCCGUGGCUGGCUCUAUAGCGGUAUGGCCAUGCGGCUUGCAACAGACCUCGGUCUCCAUAUCGAUGCUGCGCCAUUCGCCGAACGAGGUCUUAUUGACCUGGAGGAAGUCCGAUUGCGGAGUUACAUAUUUUGGGAUAUCACAGUACAACACCCAGAUCAGGUUCGCUACCGCCAAAAUGUGAACAGUAAAUGGACCCUGUAUACCGAUGAAAACCAACCAACCCCCACUUGGGAAUCCCCAGCAUAUUUUGAUGAAGUUGCGCAAGCCACAGUUGCGUUGUGCACCAUAAUGGCGUCCAUACGGAAAGUUCUAUACAGCACUCCAAGAACGAAAACGCCUGUUAUUGAUAAGCUCUAUGCUUUCGCCGUUAAAGCUAGAACCGAGCUUAAGCUCUGGCGAUCACAAUUGCCAGACGCCCUUGUGGUCAAUUUGAUGGACCUUGAACGCAUGCAUCCCCCUCAUGUCCUACAGCUACAUAUGCAAUUCUAUGCUGUUAUGAUCAUCGUUGAUCAACCUUUCGCAUUUCUCCCAGCUGGCCUGAAUGGUCUGACAGCUCAAGACAUACGAAAUAGCCGCGAGUCCUGCCAUGAUGCAGCAUGGUCAAUUACACAACUUAUUCAGGUCUUUCGUCGGCAUUUCACGCUUCGUCGCAUUAAUAUCCAAGCUGUCCACCUCGUAUUCACGGCAAUGCUCGUCCAUGUCCACAACGCCUUCCUUUCGGUGGACUACCAGAUCCGGGAUAUAGCGCGCAGACAGCUCGAGAUCUGUUCGCAAGCACUGGGAGAAAUUGGUCAAGCCUACAAGAAUGCACUUCGAGCUUUAGAAGUUAUCACUUCUAUCAAGUCUGAUCUCCUCCACCGCGAGAGCAAAGCAAGGACCAGUGGCUCCAGUAUAGCCGGUCAGUCGUUCAGUAUGAAUUCCUUGCUAGCACUGGGUCAACUCCCAUCAGGGUUGUCUAUCGGAGAUGCCGGGCCGUCUCAAUUGUGGUCGGGUGAAUGUUCGAACGACGGAUUGUUGAAUGGGGUUGAUCUUUCCACGGGAAUGAAUGUAGAACAGUCAGCCUCUCUCACUGGCCAAAUAUUCUUUUCUGACCAACAAUGGCCGUGGGCACCCUUCACUGAACCAUACGGUGAUUCAACUACUGGAUAG